UCUUGAUCAGUAAUCAACAAGAGAAGUUCCAGCAUUCACUGACAUUCAAACCAAAGUAGCAGAAGCGAAUAUGAAUCCAUUGGGAGUUAUGUGUGUUGUAGCCUGUUUGGCUGGCGCUGUGUUGGCCUCGCCCACACAAUACCACAGCGGCAACAGCUACAAAAGCUUCAAGAGCAACAGCAACAGCUUGAAACCUGCACAAUGGUUGAAGCAAAGCGAAUUGGAGCAAACCCCAUCCAUGGAUGAAGUCACCUUCGAGCAAUUGGAGAAAAUGCCUUUGGAACAGGGUGCUGAAUUGAUGCGCAAAUACUUCCACUUGUCCCAAGCUGGCCAUGGCGUAGCCCCUGAAUAUGUGCCCAGCCCCAGUCAAAUCCCCGUCCAUAUCUUCAGCAAUGGCCGCAAGGAAACCACCGAUUUGAGCCGUUAUGUCCAAACCGCAAAGAACAUGCCCAAAUUCGGCGAUGAUGAAGUCACCAUUUUCAUUACUGGCUUGCCCCAAUCCUUGGAGAGUGUUAAGGAUGCCAACAAGGAUUUGAUUGAAGCCUACUCUGAACGUCACAGCCAACAAUCCCGUUCUUAUUCCCAAAGGAACGCUGGUGAGGAACGCCGCAACUGGGACGAUCAAAAACAACUUGGCCGCAGCUUGAUUGUCAUUGAUUUGGGCAACACCAUCACCGAUGUUGAACGUUAUGCCUCCUUGGAUGUUGAACGUUGUGGUGAAAUGUUCGGCAAGACUUUUGUUGAAUUGAGCGAAGAAUGCGAUGUGCCUGCCGAAAUCAUCCAUGUUGUGGGUCAAGGUGUUGGUGCCAAUGUUGCUGGUGUCGCUGGCCAGGAAUACUAUGAAGCCACCGCCCAAAAAUUGUACCGCAUCACUGCCUUGGACCCUGCCGUUCAAAUGGCCAAGGAACACCACGUUUUGUCUGGUCUCGCCCGCGGUGAUGCUGACUUCGUUGAUGCCAUCCACACCUCUGCCUAUGGUUUGGGUACCACCAGCCGUGUUGGCGAUUUGGAUUUCUUCCCCAAUGGUCCAUCUCCCGGAGUUCGUGGAGCCAGCAACGUUGUUGAAGCUUCCAUGCUUGCCACCAAAUUCUAUGCUGAGUCUGUUCGUCCCGGCAACGAGCACAACUUCCCCGCCCUCGAAGCCACCUGCAUGAAGGAAUACAAGAACAACGAAACCUACGGCAAACGCACCUACAUGGGUAUUGCUGCUGAUCGUGAUCUCUCCGGUGACUACAUGUUGGAAGUCAACGAACAGAGACCUUAUGGCAAGAGGACUCCUGCCCACAACAAGAACAAUAAGAACAACACCUACCAUCAUAAUCGCCACCAAGUAGAGAGCUACGACUACUAGAAUGUCUGUGACUGAGCUGAACGGAAACUGAAGAGAAAAAAUCAUGAACUUUGGAUCACAAUGUCAAAUUUUUAGUUUUAAGCCUGCAGAAUUUUUCAAUGAAAAUUAUUUCCAAAAUGUGUUUAUCAAAUAAAUCGAAAGCAAAAUUUCUCAAAGAGAAAUAAAA